AUGACGGGAGUGUCUUUAUUAAGUGAAUUAAUUAGGAAGUGGGUGGAAAAAGGCAGACACGUGCAGCAGGGUAUAGUAGAUGAUGGAAUAUGGGAUGAAAUGAAGACAAUAUUUAACAACCUUAUGGGGACAAUUGCAAAGGGUGAGGAGGGGAUGAUUGCGGAAAUGUGUGCUACAGGGAUGAAUAGGGAGGGAGAAAAUAUAGAAACAUGGACAAAUAAGGAAAAAGAAUUAUGCAAAGCCAUGUUAAAAGUGAUGCUGUACACUAAUGGAUUAACACAUAAUUUCCAAAUAAGGAAAGGUGUAGAGAGUGAGGACGAUGUAACCACCUAUUUCAGAUGUUUAAUUGGGACCAUUACCUUAGUAGAUUUGUAUAGGGAACAUUGCUUAUUUGAUAAAGUAAUACAGCACGUUUCCAAUAUGGUGGGGGGAUGGGUGGGAAAUGUUCAAAGGAAGGGCAGGCCAGAUGCUGUUUGUAAGGGUAUAGAUCUGAAAAUAACGAAAAUGGGUGGCCAAUUAAUUGGCAAGACUAUAAAAGAGUGGGUGGAGGGAAGGAAAAAGGAAGUGGGGAAGUAUGAUUUGAUUAUGAGGGACGCGAGAAAUUGUGAUGGAAGUGAAGCUGGAAGGGGGACUAGGAAGGAACAGGGAGAUGGCGACAGCACAGGUGGAGAAGAAAUUGAAAGAAGUGUAGAAGAAAUUAAGCAAUUAAUAGAAAAUGAGAAUUUUGUAUCACAGAGCGGUGCAGACGACAUAGUGAAGAGUAUGAAUCCACAUGAAGAUGAGGAAGAAAUGAAGAAAAAACUGGGAAAGGGAAUUGACGACAAAGUGAAGGAAGAGAAGGACGCACCAACUCAAACAACAAGGAAGGCAGAGGAGGAGGGGCAAGACGACGCAGAAGAAGAAAUUGAAGAAGAGGAGGAAGAAGAAGAAGCAGGAAAGGUGCAGGAAGAGAACGGGAACGAAGAUAAGGAAGAUCCACAAGAACCUAAACACACAGAAGAAGCAGCUGGUGGUGGUGGAGGUGCUCUAGGUGCUGGGGGUGAUACUCCCAGUACUAGCACCCCUUCCCCUGCCAAACUUAUUAACAUGAAGGACAACCCCGUCCUUCCUUACCUCCCUCUUGCUCCUGCCAUGAUGGGUAUUUCUAUCAUGACUUAUCUCCUUUGGAAGUACUUUGGAAUGCUUGGUAAGGGAAGAAAACGUUACAGAAGAGCUUAUCAAGUACGUGGUCCAACCUUGCAGGAACAAAUUAUCCAACACGUAGAGGACGAUGGUCCACGUGAAUAUAUCUUAGUAAAGGAGCGCAAACCUCGUUCUAUGCCUAUAAAAAGGAGGAAAAAACGGGGCAUUGAUCGCCGUGCUGGUCGUGGUGGUGGUGUACGUCGCCGCAUGAUUAUUGAUAUUCAUUUAGAAGUCUUAGACGAAUGUCAAAAAGUGGACCUGCAUUUGAAGAAGGAAGACUUUUUUGAAAUAUUGGUUCAAGAAUUUAUGGGAAGCGAAUUUAUAAAAGAAGAAAACGUUCCUAAGGAAAAGGUUCCAAGUUCAAAUUCCGGGUUUAGGGAGGAAGACUUUCUUCCUAGGAAAGAAUUUACUAAGGAAGAGGUUCCUAGGGUUGAUGUUCCUAAGGAACAGGUUCCCAGUUCAGAUUCCUUGUUUAAGGAAGAAAAACUUUGUUCCUAA